UUUCUUUCUUUCCGGUAACAGCAAAAAAAAACAGAGUGAGGAAAGAUGUCCCUAGUUGAGUCCGUUGUCGAGCUCCUUCUCGGAAAACUGGCUGAACCACUCAUUCGAGAAGCCAUUUUCUUACAUGGGGUUCAUGAUCAAGUCGAAUUACUCACGUUCGAAUUUGAGAGGAUGGUAGCCUUCAUGGAGGAUGCAGACUCCAAGCAAGAAGGAGAUAGAAGAGUGAAAAGAUGGGUGCGGCAUGUGAGAGAUGUUGCAUAUGAUGCUGAGGACGUCAUUGACACCUUCAUCUUCAAGAUAGCAACCUCGAAGCCAAGGGGAUUUUUGGCCCGCAUUAGAAUGUACGCUUUCACCCCCACUGAGUUGAUAGCUCGCCAUGAGGUGGGCUCAGAGAUCGAACGGAUAAAGAAUAAAAUCCGUGACAUCUCCGAAAGUAGGUCGACUUACGGAAUUGAAAAUAUAGGUCAGCAAGCAGGGACGAGCUCCGCUGGUCCAAGCCUCAAGGAAUGGAGGCUCACUUCUCCUCUUUCUCAAGAACCAGAUUUUGUUGGCUUUGAGAAAGAUAUGGAGAUAUUGGUGGGUCGAUUGACGAAGGGGGAGUCGCGGCAUGUUGUUUCUGUAGUCGGAAUGGGUGGUCUGGGUAAAACCACUCUUAUCAGGAAAGUUUAUAAUAACACCCGUGUGAAGAUACAUUUUCACUUUUGUGAAUGGAUUUCUAUAUCACAAGAGUAUCGUGUAAAAGAUCUUCUUCAUAACUUCAUAUAUUGCCAUAUGGUGCUCUCAAAAGAGGAUCUCGAGAAAGUGCAGAAAAUGAACGUCUUUGAGCUGAGGCAUAAAAUUUCUUUGUAUCUGCAAGAAAAGAAAUACCUAAUGGUAUUAGAUGAUAUAUGGACAGUGGAAGCAUGGGAUGCUCUCAAGGAUGCUUUCCCUGAUAUGAAUAAUGGAAGCAGGGUCAUGCUCACCACGCGCAACAAAGACGUAGCUUUACAUGCUCAAAGCCUUCUCCAUGAACUGCGAUUUCUAGAAAAAGAUGAAAGCUGGGAUUUGUUCUGCAAGAAAGCAUUCCCUGGGCAAAAUAACAUUUGCCCUCCGGAUCAUUUGGAGAAAUUGGGAAGAGUGAUUGUGGAAAAAUGUCAUGGUCUACCUCUUGCCAUCGUUGUCAUCGGAGGGCUAUUAGCAAGGAAAGAAGCAAGGGAGUGGGAGAAUGUACAAAAGAGCCUUAGCUGGCAGUUCAUCCAAGGAGAAGUCAAAAUCUCCCACAUAUUAUCUUUGAGCUAUAAAGAUCUUCCCUAUUAUUUAAAACCAUGUUUUCUCUAUCUGGGCAAUUUUCCAGAAGACCAUGAGUUCCAUGCCAAGGAGCUGAUUCAAAUGUGGGCUGCUGAAGGGUUUCUUCAACAGAGAGGGGAAGAAACAUUAGAAGAGGUUGGAGAAGAUUGUCUAAAGGAGUUGAUCCAGAGAAACAUGGUUCAGGUAGCAAGAAGUUCAAGCGGGAAUAUUAAAAGUUGUCGCAUCCAUGAUCUUUUACGAGAUCUCUCCAUAUCAGAAGCUAAGGAAGGUAUGUUUCUUCAAGUUCAGAGUGGGAUCAAUGCAAAUGCUCCACCUGCAUCUAGAGCCCGUCGACUUGCAAUUCACCAUAACAACUCAAGUAAGUACAUUUCCUUAAGCUGUUCCACUCCACACCUUCGUUCUGUGUUGAUCUACAAUGAAGGCGAUGCAUGGCUUCAAAGGGAAGAAGUGAAGUUUCUCUUUAGAGGCUUUAAGUUGCUUAGGGUGUUGUAUAUACAUAGUAAAUACAUUAUAAAGCUACCAAGGGAAAUAGGGGAACUAAUCCACUUGAGAUACCUGGGCUGUACCGGCACUAAUUUAGAAAGCCUCCCAUCGUCGAUAGGCAAUCUUCUUAAUUUACAAACUCUAUUUGUAACAUCCAAUUAUAUUAUGAAAGUACCAAGCACAAUCGAGAAGAUGCAACAGUUAAGACAUUUUCAAGUGAAGAGCAUAACUAAGGAUGCGAGUACAAUUUAUGGAGAGAUAGAAGCGCGUCCAAGGCUUGACUGGAUAAAUAGCCUCCAGACUCUAUCACUUGUAAGAUGUGGCAAAUGGAUGGAAGAGGGUUGCUUGGGAAAGCUCACCAAUCUUAGAAAAUUAGGGAUAUUGGUAGAUACAAAAGCAGAUGCUGAGGUAUUUAAGCAAGUUACCCGACUGGACUGCCUCCACUCUCUCAAUUUGAAAGGAAGUUUAAGCAAGUUACCCGAUUCCAGUUUCUUCCCAACAAACCUCACUAACCUCACCUUGAAAUAUUCCCGUUUAGAGGAAGACCCAAUGGCGACGUUGGAGAAGCUGAAAAACCUUCGCAUUCUCAGAUUGCUGAAUUGGUCAUAUAUGGGAAAGGAAAUGGCUUGCUCUGCACAAGGGUUUCCUCGACUCGAAUCCUUACAUCUUCAUCAGUUAUAUGAAUUAGAAGAGUGGAGAGUGGAGGAAGGAUCUAUGCCAAGUCUUUUACAUUUACAGAUCUAUGAAUGCACGGAAUUGAAGAAGCUUCCGGAAGGACUGCAACACGUUAGUACCCUCAACAAAUUGGAGUUGUGGAGGAUGCCCAGUAAAUUCAAAGCAAGGCUUGAAGAAGACAGGGGAGAGGAUUGGUAUAAGAUUCUGCAUGUGCUCUCCAUCGACAUAAGCUAUACGUGGAUAUGGUAAUUAGCAGUGGCGCAUUCCCUCGUUGCCAGAGCUAGAAAUCUGCACGUUAAUUGUUUCAAGGAAUGCUUCAACCAAGACCCUUUUCGCAACUUCUUGUGCGGUUAGAUGAAACCAACAGAUUCUAAGCAGUCGCACUCUCUGUCUUUGCUCA